AUGGAUCUUGACCAGAACCAAGCUAACAUUGUUUCCCCUGAGCGUUCAAAACGGAAACCUACCCGUGAACGUUCAAAACGGAAACUUACCCCUGAACCUUCAAAUCCAAAACCUACCUGUGAACGUUCAAAACGGAAACCUAUCCCUGAGAGUUCAAAUCAGAGACGUAUCCGUCGCCGUGAGUUUUAUAAUUUUACAAGACGGGUACCUCAGAAUGUUGGGGCGCAGAUCAUGAAUAUCGAUAAAAGCUAUUUUAUGCAGACGGUUCUUCGCCUCACCGGCUGUCCUCCGAGACGUUAUCUCGAUAUGUUCCGUCCUCGACCACUUUCUGUUGACAAUCGCCGCCCAAGUGUCAUUCAUACGACUACUAUACAUAAUCCAUUCCUUGCGGGUCCGACUAGGACCACUGACGUGAUCACCUCAACUGUUGCAUCACGUAACGCUCCACCCUGGUCUCGAACGUCUCGCCCGUCUCUACUGUCCCAAUCAUUGUUUCAGCCACCGCUUCCUCGAGAGAAAGAACCGAGGGAAGCUACGAUGGCUGCUACCUUGAAGAACUUUGAGAAUAAUCUGAUGGAAGACGAUACGAACCAGGAACAGUUCUCUGGAUUGUGGUCUCCGUUGGCUUCUUUGGUCGCAAAUGGUGAUGUGUACCAACAACGUGAGAGCAUUCCACCACCACCACCAGUUCCUGUCUCGCCAGAUUCUCGGAACGAUCAAGGAUCAGAGAACAUUCCACCACCACCAAUUCCGACGAGUGCAACGGUCGGAUCUUUAGAAUGGUAUAGGUCUUUAAAAUGGUAUAGGUCUUCUAUCAAUCAAUGCGAGAACAAUCCAUUACCACCGGUUCCGACGAGUGCACCGUCCGGAUCAUUAAACGUGCCAAGUGCUCCGAACGGUACUCUACUCUCUUCGGCCUUGUCGCCUCCAAUUCAACCAGUUUCAGAGACUUUACCGUCGCGGAGUGUAGACCUUCCCAAUCCUCUCAGUGAUAUACGAGAGGAGAACGUUCCACAACCAGCUCCGGUGACUUCCCCGUUAUGGAGUCAAGAGUGGCCCAAUUUUUCCAAUGAUCUACAGCUUGAGAACGUUCCACAACCAGCUCCGGUGACUUCCCCGUUAUGGAGUCAAGAGUGGCCCAAUUUUUCCAAUGAUCUACAGCUUCAGAACGUUCCACAACCAGCUCCGGUGACUUCCCCGUUAUGGAGUCAAGAGUGGCCCAAUUUUUCCAAUGAUCUACAGCUUCAGAACGUUCCACAACCAGCUCCGGUGACUUCCCCGUUAUGGAGUCAAGAGUGGCCCAAUUUUUCCAAUGAUCUACAGCUUCAGAACGUUCCACAACCAGCUCCGGUGACUUCCCCGUUAUGGAGUCAAGAGUGGCCCAAUUUUUCCAAUGAUCUACAGCUUCAGAACGUUCCACAACCAGCUCCGGUGACUUCCCCGUUAUGGAGUCAAGAGUGGCCCAAUUUUUCCAAUGAUCUACAGCUUCAGAACGUUCCACAACCAGUUCCGGUGACUUCCCCGUUAUGGAGUCAAGAGUGGCCCAAUUUUUCCAAUGAUCUACAGCUUCAGAACGUUCCACCACCAGUUUCGGCAACUUCAUUGUUCGGGAGUCUAGACUUGCCCAAUUCUACGAACGAUCAACAACUGGAGAACGUUCAACCAUUGGUUCCAGCGACUUCACCGUUAAUAAAUCUAGACUGGCUCAACGAUCCUUUGAACGAUCUUCCAACGGAGAGCAUUCCCCUGGAUUGGCCCUAUUCACCGACCAAUAUAACUUUCUCGACCUUCAUGUCGUCUCCAACCUUUCUGCCUUCGCCCACGACUGGGCUGCUCCCAAACAUUAACUAG